AUGCAUGUGCGUGUCCAGCAUGCGUACACGACUCGAAAGGUUGAGGUCGACACGCCAUCUGACUCUGUGAAGAUUACGUGGAACAAUGAUUUGGCAGGAUACGGAGAGGACCAUGUCACGACGCUGAAACUCACGUCGCUUCAGGAUAUGACACAGUCCGGUCGUACUCCUGGCUCGCACAAAGAUACAUUUCCACCCCAUGAACUAUGGACCGAAAAAGCCCUGAACCUCCCGGAUUACGACUACGACCGCUAUAUGAAAGAUGACAGGUUCCUCUAUCAACUCGUCAACCAGCUCCGUACUGAUGGGUUGGCUUUUGUCACCAACGUGCCUGGUCUCGAAGAGUCUCUCGCCACUAUAGCAACCCGUAUUGGGCCGGUGAAGGAUACCUUCUACGGCUACACGUGGGAUGUGCGCACCGUCCCGGAAGCAAUCAACGCCGCAUACACGUCGCACGAUUUGGGCUUCCACACGGACUUGCUAUACUUCCACCAGCCACCGCACGUCCAGCUUCUCCACUGCAUCCAGUCUGCCUCUUCAGGAGGCGCCAGCGUAUUUGCCGAUGCAUACAAGGCAGCGGUUGACCUGUUUUAUACGGAUAUGGAGGCAUUCGAUACCCUAGCCUCAGUUCCUGUGAACUACCACUACAACCAUCCGGACUCGAAUGUAUACCACACAACGAAACCUGUCAUUGACCUAUGUCCUCUCCAAAUCGGCAGUUCUGUUUAUACGCGCUUCCAGGACUUUGCGAACGCAAUGGAGCUUUAUCGUGGGGGCCAAGGGGACAAGUACUGGAAGACAAAGCUCCUAGUCGACUGCCUGCAAAAGAUCAACUGGUGCCCGCCAUUCCUGGCUCCAUUCUCGAACCACGAUCAGCUAGCAAUUGAGCUGGAGGCUGGACCUUCUACACAGUCGCAGUCACCGGUUUCAGCAUUAAACAACAAGGUUGAGAAAUGGCACCAAGCGGCUUGCAAAUUCAACGCGCUCUUGCAGCGCCCGGAAUAUUUAUAUGAGCGGAAAAUGAAUCCGGGAGAAUGUGUUCUGUUUGAUAAUACGAGGACUCUUCAUUCUCGGCGGGCGUUUGAUAUGCAGGAUGUGGGUAAGCCUCGGUGGUUGAGGGGGACUUAUGUAGAUAAGGACCCCUAUCUCAGUAAACUCCGUGUUUUGCAGAACAGGUUCGGAUAG